AGCAUUUCAUGUCUGGCUGUUUGCUUGCUGUACAACUGUAUAGAGAAGAAGGUAACUCUCUAGCUGAAGAACGAGUGAACGAAAAAGAAAAGAAAAACUGUUGUGUUGUCACCAGAAAUUCUGACCAGUUUCCAAAAUAAAAUUCGUGUACACGUUUACACACCGAAAGGAUUUUCAACGGGUUUCCAAUUUGUGAUUUACGCUUCACACUCUCACUGUGUGUGAAUUUCUCAAUUGAAGAAAAACAGAGAGCAUCUAAACUGUGAUUUUUCAUCGUUGUUUUCACGUCUGAUCACACGGCAAUUGUGAAAGUGUCAGUGCCAAAGAAAUGUGCUAAUCGAAAGUUGAAAUAGAAAUCCAAAGAGUUAGGGAAAUUUAUAACAAAUCGAACCGUUUGUGUCGUCGUCGUCAACAUCGUUCUCUAUUUGAUUUAAAACUAAACUCUACAAAUCAUGGCUGGAGCGAAUAACAAAAAACAACAGAAACAAGCCAAAGUUGCUAAGAAACCAUCGCAGGAAAAAACACAAAAGAAGGGAAAAUCCACAUCAAAUGGAUCAUGUUGCCCAUACUUCUUUGGUAGUUUGUUGGUGUUCGCAGCAAUUGGUGGACUUUUAGCUUAUGACACACAACGUAACGAUGGUGUGUUUGAGAAAUCGGCUGCUGGCAAAUUCUUGAAAGACACCGGUGCAUUGCCAUACGUAGAAGUUGCCUGGACGAAGUCGUUGUCGACCAGCGCACGUGGCUACCAAUGGGCUGAAGUAAAUGUACCCAUUUACGCAAACAUUACCUAUGUCACUUUGAAACCAUACGGUUUAUUCUUGAAAGACUUGGGUAUCGUUGGAUUGACCUCUGCUAAAAAUGGAUGGGUUGUCACAAAAGAGUACGUCGCAGCGAAAACUCCAGUAGUUGUCAAUUUCAUCGAACAAUACGCACCUGGCUUGCCACAGAAAAUUUCCGACGCAUCGAUUUCAACGUGGAACGUUAUUUCUAGCACCAGCGCAACCGUUUACAAAAACAGCGGGGAGUUUCUUCAAACAAAAGUCUUUGUCGGACGACUUUCACCCGAAAAUCUAGGCAAAGCACUUAAUCAAACACAAAUCGCCGUAGCCGAUUACUAUAGUUGGUUUCAUAAAAAAGUUGAUAUUUACGCAAAAAUCAAGUGAUAUGGAUACCUCAUAAACAGCACAACCGAAUAAAAAAGAAACAACAGAAAAUAUGAAAAUUAGCUAAAAAAAAAAGAAGAGAAAGAAGAAGAAGAAAAUAAGAUCAAGACCAUCAUCAUUCAGCACAGCGGCAUAAAAAUCAACAUGCAUUCUAGUAAUUUGACAUUUAUUCUUUUCGUUGAGAGAGUAUUUGUUUUGAAGUACACAAUCGACUAUUGUGUCAUCUAGAGCAAUAUACAUAUUGUAUUUAACAGAAAAAACUGUCAUAAAUGUAAAAUACACGAGAAUUCUAAAUAAACACACCAUAAAAACCACCAUCAAAAUGAACACGAGUAAAGUUUCCCAAACACACACACACAAAAUAUGGAGUAUUUGUCCUGUUUAAAAUCGAAAGUGUCUGUAUACCGAAUAAACAUGUUACAAUUUUAAAGGAGAAGAAAAAAAUAACCUGAAAUUAAUUCGCAUUCUCACCGUGUGUGUACUCAAACAAAAACAUUGGCAAAUUACGCUAAAUUUCCAAAUGCUGUCAUGUAAUUUAUUGUUUGUUUUUCAUAUUCUAUUCCAUUUCUUUUUUAUGUAAUCAUAAAUUGAUAUUAAAAUUAAUUUAUAGAAUAAUUGUGAGAAGAUGAUAAAAUAAAUAAAUAAAGAAAUCCUUUUGAAAUGGACGAAAAAAAAACAAAA